AGGGUCAAUCAUUUAUUUGCAGGUGUUUUAGGGAGUAUGUCUUUUGUAGCAUUUCGGUUGAAUCUAUCUAUCAUCUUCUUUUCAUUUCUAUAUACAUUUCAAAACAAGAUACAAGGAUUGUUUGUGUUGACAUAUUUAUUUUGCAAGUUCAGAAAAUUUCCUCAUGUCUGGAGGUGAUUGUCCUGCUGGUAUUUCAUGACUUCCAAAUUAGUGAUUUACCUUUCAAUUAUGCAAAAUGAAGGAAAAGCAAACUAAAGGGAAUGAAAUGAUUUGGUUUUUCCUUUUCUGGCAUUAGGCUUCCACUUGUCUAUGCAAUAGCAAUGAGGUGAUUCUCUGACAAUUUAAAUGGCCAAUUGUUGGUGUGACAUCAAAUUGUUGGUAAAAUGUUGUAAGACUACUCUUCUGUUACAUUGUGAUGCUGAUUACCUCCUUUUGAACAAAAUUCCAUGCUUUCACUUUCAAGGUCAGCUGUUCAUAAUUUAUUUGCAGAUAACAGGAUCGGAUGAAGAAAAUUAUCCCUUCACUAGGAAAGUGCAGCGAGACAUAUGGGUUCAUCAGCAUCCUCUGAACUGCAAUGAUCCUGAUGUGAAGUUUCUUGAAGCUGACUGGGAGAGGCUGCCAGGAUUUGGUAUUGGAGGCCAGAUUGCCGGAAUGUGUGGACUUCUUGCUAUUGCCAUCAAUGAAAAAAGGGUCCUUGUUACAAACUACUAUAAUCGGGCAGACCAUGAUGGGUGCAGAGGGCCAUCACGUUCUAGUUGGUCUUGUUACUUCUUUCCAGAAACAUCCCAAGAAUGCCGAGACCGUGCAUUCCAGUUAAUGAAGGAAAAGGAUGCAUGGGAAAAAGGAAUUAUAACAGGAAAAGACAACUACAAAUCAAAGCAAAUAUGGUCUGGACGGACUCCUAGCACUUGGGGUAAUCCUUGGAGAUAUUUACAGCCAACAACAGAUAUAAAUGGAACUCUAAUUGCCUCUCAUCGCAAAAUGGAUAGAAGGUGGAGGCGAGCCCAGGCAGUCCGCUACCUAAUGAGAUUUCAGACUGAGUAUACGUGCAACUUGCUAAAUGCUGAACGUCAUGCGGCCUUUGGACGGGAAGCUGCAAAAUUGGUUCUUGCAACACCCGUUAAAGAAUGGCCGGAGGAAGUUAGAGAAGAGCCGCAAUCUGAAAUGGAGCAAUUUGUAUGGUCCAAUCACAAACCGUGGAUGCCUAGGCCAUUGCUAAGCAUACAUGUGAGGAUGGGCGACAAGGCAUGUGAAAUGAAGAUAUUUGAAUUUGAAGAAUACAUGAAACGUGCUGAACGCAUAAGAAAGCACUUCCCGCACCUUGUCAGCAUCUGGCUAUCCACGGAGAUGCAGGAAGUAAUUGAUAGAUCGAGAUCAUACCCCCACUGGAAUUUCUACUACACAAACGUGGCACGCCAAGUGGGAAACAUGUCAAUGGCUACUUACGAAGCCAGCCUGGGGAGGGAAACCAGCACAAAUUACCCUCUCGUUAAUUUCUUGAUGGCUGCGGAAUCAGAUUUCUUCGUUGGAGCCUUGGGUUCCAGUUGGUGCUUUCUUAUAGACGGAAUGAGGAACACGGGAGGAAAAGUUAUGGCUGGCUAUUUAAGUGUCAACAAGGAUCGGUUUUGGUAGCUAGACAGUAAAAUGGCAAAUACAUAAAGAUGGCGGCUGGCGGUUCCACGGGUUUGUAUGUUGUGUUGUUCGUCAGAUGUAUAUGGGUAUCCCUUUUUGUAUAGGUUUAUGUAUUUAGCAAACUAAUGCACAUGAAAUUAACUGUCAAUAUUGUUGAUAGUGCUGUACUUCUAUAAUAAAAUGGGAAAAUUAAAUGCA